AUGGAGUUACUGCUGGGGACAUUGUGGCUGCUUUUGGCCCAAAGUGUCGCUGCCUGUUCACAUCAGGAGUUUACCUGCGGUGAGGGACUUUGUGUGGCUUUAGACACCGUCUGUGACUUCACCGAAGACUGUGGAGAUGGCAGCGAUGAAGAAAAUUGUUCUACAUAUACAAGAUGUGAUUUCGAAGAUGGUUUCUGUGAUCUGAUUCAAAGCCCGGAAACCCCCUUCAGAUGGAACAGAACAAAUGAGGCCUCAGCUCUUAAACAGGAUCACAGAAACACCUCAGCCCACUUUCUGACCCUUUCACCUGUUGGAGAAAAUGAGACCACUGCAUCCCUGAUGAGUCCACUCUUCCUGCCUACUCACAACUGCCAGGUGGUAAUUCGAGGGGAGCUUUCAGCCAGAAGUCAAGCCUCUGAGAUCUUAGCAAUUGAUGAUUUAUCUUUCAGUCCCGGAUGCACGGUUCUGCAUGAGGGCAGCAUCCCCAGUCCUCCUCUGUGCCCUCCCUCAUGGUUUGCCUGUGAUGGAGGGGAGUGUAUCGAGGAGAGCAAAGUGUGUGACUUCACAACACACUGUCCCAAUGGAGAGGAUGAAGCCAGCUGCCCCUCUGAAUGUAACUUUGAAAACGGUUCAUGCGGCUGGUAUGAGCUCACUCCUGGAGAUGGUUUUGACUGGAUCAGAGGCUCAUCUGACAAUGUACCACCAGACUACUAUGAUCACCCACCACUACUGGACCACACCACUAACGACACUAACGGUCAUUUCAUGUUUGUUCUGAAAAACAGCAGCAGUCUCUAUCCAAAAGCUGUUCUCAGAGGUCCCUGGUUUAAACAAUCAGCCUCAAGAUGCACAGUGACUUUUUGGCACUAUAACUCGGGUGUAUCUGUGGGGGCUGCUGAAAUGUCCAUUCGAUUCAAAGGAACUGAAAACACAACUGUCAUUUGGACGACCCUGUACGAUCAAGGACGACGGUGGAACCAGGUUACCGUUCAGCUGGGCCGCAUCACCGAGCCCUUCCAGAUUGCUCUGGCUAAAAUCAGCCUCGGUGUGUUCGAUGGCAUCUCUGCUUUUGAUGAUAUCUCCUUCAAGGACUGUUCGAUGCCACCGGCAGUGGCUGUUUGUCCUGAGCCCACACAUUUUCAUUGUGUGCACACCAAAGCAUGCGUGGAGCGCCUGUUUCUCUGUGACCUUGUGGAUGACUGUGGGGAUGGAUCAGAUGAAGAAGGAUGUUCUCCAGAAAUUCAGUGUGACUUUGAAGAGGGACUAUGCAACUGGAAGCAGGAAACAAGCGGAGAGGACGUGUUUGACUGGACCCGCAUGCAAGGUCCAACUCCGACCUUGAACACAGGCCCUUGGAAGGACCACACUCUCGGGAAUGUGUCAGGCCACUACCUCUACAUUGAGUCUUCCACCCCCCGGGAGUUUAACGACAAAGCUGUGCUUCUGAGCCCAGUCUUUGAACCUACCUUCCAGCCAGGAGAGGAUACGGAUUCGUCCAGCCUCCAUCGAUGUGCCUUUCGCUUCCAUUACUGCAUGUUUGGGUCACAUGUGUUCAGCCUGGCAGUGUACCUGAGGACCACUGCCACAGGCCGUGGCCUGCUGCUCUGGGUAAAAUAUGGAAACCAAGGAAAUGUAUGGCACAGGAGGACUCUCUACCUGCACAGUGCUCAACCUUUCCAGAUAUUAAUUGAAGGCACAGUUGGAGAUGAUUUUGAAGGAGACAUUGCAAUUGAUGAUCUUUCCUUUCUGGACUGUCACCUGUUUGAUGGAGAGCUGCCCUCAGUCAUCACCCCUACACUGACCACUCCAACCCCCACGUUUAUACCCCACAGCUGCCCUGCGGGGCAGUUUGUAUGUGGAACGUACGGAGAGUGUAUUCUUCUCAACCAAGUGUGCGACUUCAAAAAUGACUGCUCUGAUGGAUUAGAUGAAACAAACUGUGUAAAGGAAAAGUGUGAUUUUGAAGGGGGGGAUACUUGCGGCUGGAAAGUCGUCAGCAAUUCUUUCAGUGUAAGCCAUGCAUUUCGCUGGGCGGCUGACCAGGGGGAAAGCAUUCAUGAUGGAGAGCAGAACCACCGUCCAACAAAUGACCACACUCUUAACAUCCCUAAGGGUUGGUAUAUGUAUGCAGACAGCUCAAACGGUGCCUAUGGUCAGAUCUCUGAUCUCCAAACACCAGUCAUCUCCUCCACCGGACCCCAGUGUACUCUGAUGUUCUGGUAUCACAUGAGUGGAUUCACUGUUGGAACCCUGCAAGUGCUGCUCAGGCACAAAAACACGAGCCAUGUGGUUUGGUCUCAAACUGGUAACCAAGGCAACAGAUGGAGACCGGCUGAAGUGUUUUUGGGGUUAUUAAAUGAUUUUCAGGUUGUGUUCAGGACAAAACGAGGGAUCAGCUACAUGGGGGAUGUAGUGAUUGAUGAUGUCAGCUUCCCGAAUUGCUCUCCUCUUCUUCCAUCAGACCAGCCGUGCACACCAGAGCAGUUUGCCUGCUCUAAUGGCCACUGCAUCCCUAAGGACAAUUUGUGUGACUUCAUUAACCACUGCGGGGACAAUUCAGAUGAGGACCUUUUCAUCUGCAAGGGCUUCAGCGGACGCUGCAAUUUUGAAUUUGACCUCUGUUCUUGGCACCAGUGCCAAGAGGAUGACUUUGAUUGGCGGAUCAAAGCAGGCAGCACCCCGACUAUUGGGACAGGACCAUCCAGUGACCACACUCUGAGAGAUCCAUCUGGACACUACCUCUACCUGGAGAGCUCAUUCCCUCAGGCAGUGGGUGACACGGCCCGGUUAAUUGGACCCUUACUGAGCAGAAGGAGUUCACAGUGCAAGAUGCGUUUCUACUAUCACAUGUCUGGAGAUGGUGUUGGGACGCUCAGUGUUUUUACUAAAACUGAGGGAGCUUUUCACCUCCUGCUGAACCUGACAGGAGAUCAGGGUAACUACUGGAAAAUGAAAGAGCUCCAGCUGAGGUCCUCCACAGACUUUCAGGUCGUGUUUGAAGGCAAGGUUGGGCGCAGCGAAAAGGGGGACAUCUGCCUGGACGAUAUCUCCUUCUCUCUAGGAUGCCUCCUCUCCCCUUCAGCCUCCAUAACACACAGCACUCCUCCUCCGUCUGUUCCUCCAACAGGGUUCUGUCCACCAGGCGCAUCUGUUUGUGGAAAAGGCCAGUGUUUCACACCAGAGCAGAGGUGUGACUUUGAGGAUGAUUGUGGCGAUGGUACGGAUGAGAAAGACUGUGGCACCUCCUGCUCUUUUGAGAACGGCCUCUGUGGCUGGAAGAGCUCACUGGCUGAUAACUUUGAGUGGGCACUUGGUACCGGAUCUGUACAAAGUAUACGGCCACCAUUCGAUCACACGCUGCAGGAUGAAAACGGCCAUUUUGUGUAUUUGGAGGCGACGCCGGUGGGACUGAAAGGCGACAGAGUUCACAUAAAGAGUUCGGUUUGGAAAGAAUCAAGUGCUAUCUGCAAGCUGUCCUUUUGGUACUAUCUUUCCGAUAAGGCCUCAGGGACCAUCCGGCUACUGAUCAAGACUGAGAACAGCAUAAUUGAGAUGUGGAAUAAGACGGGGCAUAAAGGGAACCAUUGGAACCGUGUUGUGGUCCCCCUAAGGAAGCUCAGGAACUUUGAGGUGAUUUUCGAGGGGAUCCGCUCCAAAGAUCUGAGCGGAGGAGCCGCCCUGGACGACAUGGAAUACAUCGACUGCGCUCCGAGCACUGUGGAGCCUGGUGACUGUCCUAAACUCACAGACUUUGUGUGUCAAAAUGGUCAUUGCAUAGAGUCCCACUUGGUGUGCGACAAUAAGGCAGACUGUGCUGAUGGAUCGGAUGAGUGGGACUGCGCUCACAUAUUUGGCUCACCGGGUGCUUGUAACUUCAACAUGAAGGAGGACAGGUGGGAGCAGAGAUGCCAGCUUUCUCAGGACGGCGAUGACGACUUUGAUUGGAUGAUCGGCCACAAGACAGAGACAGGAGCUGGACCACAAUCUGACCACAGCCCAGGUCUGCACAUGCUCAGAUGUCAUCCUCAUUUUGUUGGGCACUUUCUUGUAUAUACAGUCGGAUCUGGUGGGGCACCUUUGCUUAUGUGGGCCGCUACUGGAAACCAUGGAAACCAGUGGACAUACGCCAACAUCCUUUUGUCCAACACAGAAGAUUUCAGAGUUACCUUCGAGGGGGAAGUUGGUGGAGACAUGUGGACAGACAUUGCCCUGGAUGACAUUUCAUACACGGCAGAGUGUAUGGUUGGAGGACCAGUAACUCCACAGCCGAUGACCUGUGACCCUGAGCAGUUCCAGUGUGCAUACUCCUUCCAGUGCAUUUCAAAGAGCUGGUGGUGUGACGGGUUGCCGGACUGUGCAGAUCAGUCUGAUGAAGAGCUCUGCCCAACAGCCCUGCCGGGGACCGUCCCGCCUCAGGACGGCUGUCCUGCUGAGAGUUUUCAGUGUUCAGACUUCAGCUGCUUCCCUGCCUUACUGCGCUGUGAUGGGGUCUAUGACUGCCCAAAUGGAGAGGAUGAACACAGCUGUCCGUUGCUGCAGUGUGAGCCUGGAGAGCUUGUAUGUGAGAGCUGGCCCGGUUGUAUUCCGCUUUACAUGCGAUGUGACCGCUCCCCCGACUGUCUCCCGUUCCACUCAGAUGAGUCCAGCUGCCAUGAAUGCCCACCAAAGUACUGCCAGGAUCAUGGUUUUUGCCAUAUUAAGGAACACGGACCUGUCUGCUUGUGUGAGCCUGGAUGGUCGGGCAAUCGCUGCCAUGUAAGGGAGAAACCAUCUCUCACCACUUCAUCCCCAACUCUAGAAUCAACACAGCUCGAUUCUGUGUAUGCAGGCAUCGGCAUUGGGUUAGUGCUGCUCCUAGCUGGAGUUGCCGUUUGCUUCCUCGCCCUGUGCAAGAGAAAAUGUGGCCUUAUAAAAGAUGACCCAAUGAAAUAUGGCAUGAUGGAUAAUCCAAGCUUUGACUGGGGAGCAGAGCUCCCAUCAGAGGACAAACGUCCAGACGGUUGUCCCAACAUUAACCCCAAAAGGAGUAAUGGUCCUGGGCUUUCAAUCAGUGUCUACCCCUGGAGAAGAGAGCUGGAGCAGGGUUCAAACUGGAAAGAUGCCAAGCUAUCCUUCUCCAACCCAUUGUACAAUUACCCCAGUGACACUAAUGGCGCUGGCAACAGAGCCUCUGAAGAAUAAAAUCAAUGGACUUGAUGGAUUGGUUUUUUGGGGACAUGUUUGCUGAUGGCAGAGUGUUGAUCUGAAUUAAGGAGAGAAAAACUCACCCAUGUCACAUAGAUCUGAACCUGUACAUCACUCAUUUUGAAAAUGAUGAAGAUAAUUCCUAAAAUAUCUCAACAAAUGUUUUUAUUUUGUAAAUAUAUUUGUGACCAUGUAUUACAAACACAACAAGUAUGUGUUUUGAUAUUGUAACCAGACUAAAUAAAUAGCAUUAAGUCAUUCCUACUGCUCUUGUUGCCCCAUUGAAAUAAAGGAUUAUCUUAACACUAGUGUCGAUAUAGACCACAUCCAGAAUACUUUUCUAAUUUACAGUUAUAUACAGUGCUUGACUUCUGUCCAGACUUCAUUUCAGCUGGUCAUGACAGCAAGGAGACAUUUGAACUAAAUUAAAUCACUAGGUAAGGAUACAAACCUUUGAGAACAUUACUGUGCAAUAAUUUCAUUUUCAUUACACCUGGCUGUAUCUGUGCACAUCAAUAGACUGAACUUUUUUUCCCCUCUGAAACUGUAUAACUGGGAGAUCAUCUGUGAACAUAUAUGCUAAACCUUUUGCAACAUUGCCAUAUUAGAUUCAAGUUUGGACUUCAACUUAAGCAUUAUAACACUUAACAAUUAUUUCAAGUAGAAAUAAUAAUCAAUUAUUUGUAGCUUUGCCUGUUUUUUUUUUUUGUUUGUUUGUUUGUUUUUUUGGUUCGAUCAUCCUAAACCCCAGUUUCAAGUCUUUUCCAGCCUCUAAAAUUGUCUUGUUCCUUUGGCAAAGUGUCUCACUUACCUCCUCAAUUCAAAAAAAAAAAAUGAAUUAUUGCGACUUCAUGUUUUGCGGUUUAUUGAAGUCUGUCAAUAAUUUUUUUCUGCCUUAGGAAAUGAUAGGAACAAUCAUGUAUAGCUCUACAGAUGUUAACAUGAUGCAUGGGAGGUUGUCUUUUAGUUCAACAUUAAACAAAAUGUAUUAAUUGUCUGAUGUUUGCCUGUUUCUUGAUCCCUGCAGAGUCCCUGUG